AUGGGGAGGAUGACUGUGGGUGCCUCUCCUGCCGGCCUCUUGCUCCUCGCCGCGCUCGCCCUCAUUUGCACUGCCGGCAUAAUGAAGGCGGCAGCGUAUGGCAACACCACUGUUGAAAAGACCACACGGCAUGACACGGUCAACGCCGCAGCGUACAGAGAUGACACGCUCAACGCAGCGGCCAAACCAGCAAGCAAGAAUGACGCGAGGAGGGCUCUCGUGACCACCAGCAGUAUCAUCACCACCAGCGGCGGUGGAGCUGCGGGCGAGAAGGUCAACGCGAGGAGGGCUCUCGAGACCACCCCCAGCACCCCCAGCUUGCAGGUUGCGACGGCGGUGGUGAUGGGCAAGACGUGGCUGGACUUCAGCAAACAGGUGUGCGUGAGCGUGCCCAAGAAGGCGCGGCAGAAAAGCGCGACGGUGUGGUGGAAGGGCGGCGGGGACUCGAGCACCGCGUCGGCGGGCGGUCAGUGCGCGCAGGUCAAGUUCUUCAGUAAAGCUGUCUGCCAAGGCACGCCAAGGACCAGCGCUGGACAGCAUCGCCAACCCGUGCAGGUCUAG